GGCAUUCACUAAACUCGACACUUUACCAACAAUUAGCAAACCAAACCACUUCAUCAAGCUCCUCUCCGUUGAUCAACCCCUAGCCACUGCGGUCGCCUCCCAAGAAGAAGCCUCCGUCAUCGUCUUCGGAGCCCCGGAACCGACCUGACCCACUGGUAUUCUCAAGGUCUCGCCGGCGCUCUGGCAGUUCCUCGGCCUCUCGCACCGACGCCGUCAAGAAGAUCUGGGAGUACAUCAAGCUCUCUCACCAUACGACUGAAGGUUUCUGGAAUGAAGCAUAAUAAGCUUCUGGAAGCAUCAAAUACAAGUGUAUUUAUGCACACAGUAGAAUAGGCAUGGAAGCAAAGUUUACCAGCGAGAAAGGGCAACGAGACAUGGUCCACAUGGACAAUGCUGUUGCAAUCGUGAGAUCGUUAAGAGAUCUACCGCCAGCUGACUACACCCUUAAAUUAUCAUCCUUCUCUUUAUUCCUCAACGAUUUGAUUGGAAAUUAUGAGUCCGGAGUAUUUGAAGCUGGUGGCUACAAAUGGAAAUUGUGUAUAUACCCGAAUGGGAAUAAGAAAAUGAAUGUGGAAGGUCACGUUUCUUGUUACUUGGCAAUUGCAGAUACUGAAACCCUUCCACCUGGCUGGGAGGUUAACGUCAACUUCAAGUUGUUUGCGUUCGAUCAAAUCCGAAAUAAAUACUUAGCCGUCCAAGAUGCUGAAGGAGAAAUUAGGCGAUUUCAUCGGAUGAAAACUGAAUGGGGCUUUGAUCAUUUUCUUCCCCUAGACACUAUUAAUGAUGCUUCCAAGGGAUAUUUGGUUGAUGGUUGCUGUGUAUUUGGAGCCGAGGUUUUUGUGCUAAAGCAUACUGGCAAAGGCGAGUCUGCUUCAAUGGUGAAGGACCCUGCAAAUAACAUUUUUACUUGGAGAAUCGAUAAAUUUUCAGCUAUAGAUCAGGAUGUCGUUUGUUCUGAAGAGUUUGUUGUUGGAGAACACAAAUGGGAGUUAGUACUGCUUCGGCCCCAAGGGCAUUCAUCUUCAAAAGGCAAAAGUCUAUCACUCUUUCUGCAGUUAGCAGACUGCACAACCCUUCCUUUUGAUAGGAGAGUAUAUGCAGACUGUAUGUUGCGCAUUAGGGAUGAGGUCCACGGUCAUCAUAUGGAGAGGGAAGUUGGCUCGUGGUUCUGUGCCUCUUCUGAUAACCGGGGUUAUCGUGAUUUCAUGGACUUGAGUGAGCUCAAGGACGCGUCGAAGGGCUUCAUGGUGAAUGAUGUGGUAUUUGUGGAAGCACAAAUCAAGCUCAUAUCCACUUUUAAGGAUUUCUGAAUUUGAAGUUGAAAACCCUACUCGUGUUUUGCAUUCUAAUUAAAUGGUUUCCAAUGUACGUACGUGCUGUUACAAAACAGGCACAAACUGGUUAUCUAUUGUAAUUUCCAUUUCAUCAGACAAGAGAAACACCAACAGAAGUUUACUUCAUUUGUUUCUUCAACGCACGUGUUGUUGUCGGUUGCUCCCACGAAAGAAACGGAACAAUUAUUAGCAAUUUGUCUCCAUAA